AUGAAGGAGCUUGGAAUCGCAAUGGAGGAUCUUUCCGCAAGUCGUUUGAUGAUCCAAGGAUUCAACCAAGGGGGACAAAGAGCCAUAGGAGCUGUCAAAGUAGACCUCACCAUCGGCGAGCUGCAAUCUAGCACAUGGUUGCAUGUGAUCGAUGCAAAGACUUCAUAUAACAUCUUACACGGUAGGCCUAGGGUACAUGAGAACAAGGUGAUCCCUUCUACCUACCACCAGUGUUUGAAGUAUCAUGAAGAUGGAGUUGAAAAGAAGAUUAUGGCCGAUGAUAAUCCCUUCACUGAAGCUGAAGCGCACUUCGCCGAUGCCAAGUUCUACUUAAAGAAAUGUGCUGCAAAAGUUGAUGAAGUUGCGAUAAUCGAUAAUUCUGAGUUUAUGAACAAAAAUGCAAAGGUGGUUGCUUGUAAGGAGAAGGCGGCAGUUAAGGAAGAUCAAAGGUCCUUCGAUGUCAGUAAGUUGCCCAACACAAAUGGCGUUUCUUCGAGUAAGAAAGUGACUUCUAUUCUUCGUUAUGUUCCAAAGGCCAAAAGGGACGAGGGAAACAUGUUGGGAGGUCUAACCCUUCCUAUCAAGCAGAUUGACACAAUAAUGUCAUCCACAAAAUUACUUGGAAGAUUUGUGGCUAGCAGCUCGCCACAAAAUGAAGAACUCCCUACGAAGCGUACAGGUGAAGGUUUCGAUCCAAAUGCUUACAAACUACUCGCAAAGGCUGGAUACAAUCCUAGCGAACCAUCAAAAUUGGGGAACCUUCCGAUGGAACUUGCGGCGAGGCAAAAACAUGAAGGUUUGGGGUAUAAACAACCCUCACCAAUUCGCAUCUCCAUAAGAAGGGCAAGUAACAACUACAACACUGCAGAAGAGAAACCUCUUGCUUCUAACAAAAAGCCGUCUAUCUUUGACCGACUGGGAAAGUCGACCGCGAGAGUUUCUGUAUUUGAGAGGUUAGGACCAAUGAAGAAUGGAAUCAAGAUUCGGAGAAACCACAAGCGUAUGAAAUCAUCAGUUUUUCCCAAAUCUCAAAACAUCUCCAAAGACUUCCGAAGUCUGAUCCCUUCUAGGAUGAGGCGGCAAACGGAUCUUGUGGUCUCAUGUGGAGAAGUGCUAAAAGCAAAGUCGCAUGUUGUGGUCUACACCAAGGAGCGGGAUGAAGAUGAAGAAAGUGUUGUCUCUUCAUAUCACGUUACUGUACAAGAUGAAAGGGAUACUUUAUAUCCAAUAAGGGUUGAUGAAGAAUUGGAGGAUUUUUCUUGGUGUUAUCAUAUAUCUGUCGAUGGUGGCGAACCUCAAAAAGAUGAAGACGCUAAGGAUGCUCCGCUCGAAUUUGAAGAAGGGGUAAAAACGACAGUCGAUGCAUUGAAAGAAGUCAACCUUGGCACUGAUGAAGAUCCAAGACCCACUUAUGUAAAUUCUUUACUUGCAGUCGAUGAAGAGAGUGCUUAUGUUGAAUUACUUAAAGAGUAUAAGGAUGUAUUUGCCUGGAGUUACAAAGAUAUGCCUGGCUUAGACCCUAAAGUUGCGGUCCAUCAUCUCGCUGUCAAGAAUGGCACACGUCCUAUCAAACAAGCACAGCGACGUUUCAGGCCCGAAUUGGUUCCCUUGAUCGAAAAUGAAGUUAACAAGCUUAUUGAGGCUGGUUUCAUUCGCGAAGUUAAGUUCCCCACAUGGAUUUCGAGCAUUGUCCCUGUGAGAAAGAAGAAUGGACAAAUUCGGGUAUGUGUUGACUUUAGGGAUCUAAACAAUGCAUGCCCUAAGGAUGAAUUUCCACUUCCCAUUGCUGAGCUUAUGAUUGAUGCCACUACUGGAUACGAGGCGAUGUCCGUCAUGGACGGCUCAUCUGGUUAUAACCAGAUCCGUAUGUCACCUAAGGAUAAAGAGCUUACCGCAUUCCGCACUCCUAAAGGUAUUUAUUGCUACAAAGUAAUGUCUUUUGGAUUGAAGAAUGCUGGAGCAACAUACCAAAGAGCUAUGCAAAAUAUCUUCGACAACAUGCUUCACAAAAACGUCGAAUGUUAUGUUGACGAUCUGGUGUGUGCAUUUGGGGUUACCUCCGGAAAAUUCCUUGGCUUUGUCGUUCGACAUCGGGGGAUAGAAAUUGAUCAAGCCAAAGUAGAUUUAAUCGUGAAGAUGGCCGAGCCAAGAAACAUCCAUGAGUUGAAAAGUGUGCAAGGGAAGUUGGCGUAUCUUAGGAGAUUCAUCUCAAAUCUAGCAGGGAAGUGUCAACCGUUCAGUCGUCUCAUGAAGAAAGGUGUUCCUUUCGAAUGGGACCAAGCUUGUGCCAACGCCUUUGAGAGCAUCAAAACUUAUUUGACCAAACCUCCAGUUCUAGCGGCUCCUGUGCCUGGAAAGCCAUUGAUACUAUACAUAUCGGCACAAGAAAGUUCAGUUGGAGCACUCUUAGCCCAAGAGAAUAGCGAAGGGAAAGAAAAUGCCCUUUACUACUUGAGUAGGAUGAUGACGCCAAAUGAGUUGAAGUAUUCGCCGAUUGAAAAGUUGUGUCUGGCCUUAGUCUUCUCGAUUCAGAAGAUGAAACACUACUUUCAAGCCCAUGCAGUUCGUCUUAUUUCCAAAGCAAACCCCAUCAAAUUUGUGAUGUCGAAACCUGUCCUUAGCGACCGACUAGCAAGGUGGUAUCUCCAAUUUCAACAAUUUGAGAUUGUGUACGUUCCUCAAAAAGCUGUGAAAGGGCAAGCAUUGGCAGAUUUUCUAGCAGACCAUCCGAUACCCGAUGACUGGGAAUUAACUGAUGAACUACCCGAUGAGGAUGCAAUGGUCAUUGAGAUUCAACGACCUUGGAAGAUGUAUUUUGAUGGUGCUGCACAUCGCGAAGGAGCUGGCGCUGGUGUGAUAUUUGUCACUUCUCAAGGGGAGGUCUUACCGUAUUCCUUCACUUUAACACAAUGUUGCUCUAACAAUGUUGCAGAAUAUCAGGCACUCAUACUUGGGCUUGAAAUGGCUGUUGAUAUGAAGCAGUUACAAUUACAAGUCUUUGGAGAUUCUGAAUUGGUAAUCAAUCAAUUGUUGGGUACCUACGAGGUCAAAAAGCCAGAAUUGCGUCCCUAUCAUCACUAUGCACAAAAAUUAAUUGGGUGGCUCGGCAACGUAACUCUCCAACACGUGCCAAGAAAGGAAAAUAAGAAAGUUGAUGCUUUGGCUACUUUGGCUUCAACAUUGACUUUGCCUGACCAAGCGCAAAUCACUAUCUGCCAGAAAUGGAUAGUACCGCCGGAGGACGAUGAGAAUGAAGAAAGCAAACUCGAGCUUCUUGUGGCCGUUACUAAAGCCGAGAAGGUCGAUUGGCGACAAACCAUGAUCGAUUACUUGUGUUAUAGCAUUCUUCCAGAAGAUCCAAAAAGAAAGACCGAAAUUUGUCGUCGUGCCCCUCGCUUCCUUUACUACAAAGAUACUUUGUACCGUAGAUCGUUCGAGGGAGUUCUCUUGCGUUGUCUGGGGGAAGAAGAAGCGACUCAAGCUAUGCAAGAAGCCCACUCUGGAGUUUGUGGAUCACAUCAAUCUGGGCCAAAACUGCACUUUCAUAUAAAAAGGAUGGGGUAUUAUUGGCCAACAAUGGUGAAAGAUUGUUUGGACUAUGCGCGAAGUUGCAAAGCAUGCCAAUUUCAUGCAAAUUUUAUACACCAACCUCUUGAGGUGUUACAUCCAACUGUUUCAUCUUGGCCAUUUGACGCUUGGGGGCUAGACGUGGUUGGACCGCUACCGAAAUCUUUUGGUGGCCACUUGUACAUCUUAGCUGCAACGGAUUACUUCUCAAAAUGGGCUGAGGCUGUCGCCCUCAAAGAAGUAAAAAAGGAGAAUGUGGCAAACUUCAUUCGACAACGAAACUCGUCUAUGUAUUAUGCUGUUGCAAAUGGACUAGCUGAAGCAUUUAACAAGACCUUGUGCAACUUGUUAAAGAAGGUCGUCUCCAAGUCUAAAAGAGAUUGGCAUGAUAGAAUGAAAGAAACUCUUUGGGCAUACCGAACGACUUAUCGCACACCAACUCAAACAACUCCUUAUUCUCUUAUUUACGGAGCUGAAGCGGUCCUUCCACUUGAACGCCAAAUACCUUCAUUGCGGCUCGCUAUCCAAGAAGGGCUCACUGAAGAAGAAAAUGCUCGUCUACGCCUUGAAGAGUUAGAGGCCCUUGAUGAGAAAAGGCUGGAAGCUCAGCAAAGCCUUGAAUGUUAUCAAGCUCGUCUUUCCCGUGCUUUCAAUAAAAAGGUUCGCCUGAGGUCCUUCCAAGUUGGUGAUCAAGUCCUGGCGGUAAGAAGACCUAUUAUCAUAUCUCAUAAAUCUGGAAGCAAGUUCACUUCAAAGUGGGAUGGGCCAUAUGUUGUCCAAGAAGCCUAUACAAGUGGCGCUUACAAGCUUAUUGAUGCAGAUGGCUUGCGGAUCGGUCCCAUCAACGGGAAAUUCUUGAAGAUGUACUAUCCUUGA